AUGAUUGGCACAUCUCUCUAUCAGUUCGUCUUUAUCAGGGCCUGCAUAUUUGCCUUGCACUACACUUCACCAUUAUUGCUGCUCGCCCUCGGCAUCCAGCUCGUUGCUAUCGGUCGUUCUGCGCUCUCAUGGCGAAUCAACCAGUUGUUCAUUGCUUACUGCAUCGUUGACUUGCUCUAUGCCGUCUUGAUAUGGUGGCCUUACAACAAACGCCUCAAAGAUGAAGCGAGACAUCCACCACCUCUGAGCUCCGCGGAUAGGAGGGCGCUGUUCCUCAAAUGCGCUGAUCACAUACCUGACCUCGAGCGAUAUCUGCGACUCUGGUUUCUUGGGGCAGACAGCCUUGAUAUCAAACGUGAUAAUGUCCAUGAUUUCGUCCUCUGGGCAUUUUUUGACACGGUGCCAGAACGGGCAUCGCAGCAGGACGUUUUUGAAGCUGAAGAACUCGUUGAUCUCCUUGAAGACCGCCUGGGGCGUAAGCUUGAUGCAGGGCGAGGGAAAGCCCGCGGACUGUGUCUGACAAUUGAUGCCAUCGAAACGCGAUAUCGUAGCUUUAUCUGGUACAUCAUUGUCGGACUUGUCGACCUGUUCACGCAUUUCCAAUUUGCAUGGCUCGGUUUCGAGUACUUUGCCCAGCCAAGAUCCGAGGCUUUCUCGGUCACGCCUCCUCGGUUGCAGAGCCUAUUCGCAAGCAAGCAGUCUGCGUCCAGACAGCUCAGCUACUGGCAUCGGCCUCAUACGGCAGCCGACAAAUCCCCAGUGGUCUUUUUGCACGGCAUUGGAAUCGGGCUCUGGACAUAUGUCCCUUUCCUCUCUAGAAUUGGCGGUAACAACACCGGUAGUGGCGACAUUGGUGUCAUUGCUAUAGAGAUUCUCCCAGUCUCAUUUCGGCUUACUGACGCUCCUUUGAGUAAGCUUGAGCUCCUCAGCCAGCUCGAUACCAUUCUUGACAGUCACGAGUGGGGGGACUUUGUGCUGGCCGGGCAUUCGUACGGUACCGUUCUUGCGUCGCACAUGAUCCAUUCAAGAACAUUCAACUCUCGCCUCCAAGGUGUGGUCUUGCUGGAUCCUGUGAGCAUCAUGUUGCACCUGCCAGACGUUGCCUAUAACUUCACAAGACGGAAGCCGAGCCGAGCCAACGAAUGGCAGCUAUGGUAUUUUGCCAGCAUGGAUCCCGGCGUUGCUCACGCGCUGGCCCGGCAUUUCUUCUGGCGCGAGAACAUUAUCUGGAAAGAAGAGUUACUCGACCGCUCUACGAAUGAAAGGACCCGUGAUAGUCAUGGGAUAAGCACUAGAAAGGUAGCGGUUUGCCUCUCUGAGCGAGAUCUCAUUGUCGACACCUUGAGUGUAGCUGAAUAUUUGGCUGACGGCGAAGACUGGACCCCAAGCACGGGCUCCGACGUGGGUGACGAGAUGUUGCACAGAGACCUGCAUGUCACUCGUGAUGGUAUUGAGAUCUUGUGGUUUCCAGGGCUGGAUCACGGCCAAAUGUUUGAGAAGCGCGAGAAUCAGGAUCGCGUGUGUCGCGUUAUUGAUAGCUAUUGUGCGUAG